AUGAUCUGCUUGCAGUGUCGGGCCGUGCCCGCCACUCUCCGGUCCUCCAUGACCGCGGCCACCAGAAUCCCCAUCUCCGCACCCGCCGCCGCCGCUGCCCGCGCAUCAACAGCAAGAACCACCUCCACCACCACCACCACAUCAAUCCGCACCCUCAUUACCUCGUCCUCCGCCUUCUCUCCCCUUCGCGCACAGCUCUCCCACCAACAACAAGCCCCCUCCACCGCCAUCCUCUCAUCGACCUCCGCCUUCUUCCCCUCCACAUCUCCCACCACAGCCUCUCUGCAACAAUCCCGAUCCUUCUCCGCCAGCGCCUGCCUGCUCGGAAAGCGGUCAACCUAUAACCCCUCGCGACGGGUGCAGAAGCGGCGCCACGGGUUCCUCUCCCGGGUUAAGACCCGGACUGGACGGAAGAUCAUUCAGCGGAGAAAGGCCCGCGGCCGGAAGAACUUGAGUUGGUAG